GCGCCCGUCAUGCCCAAGAAAUGAAAGUGAAAGCAAUACAAAAUAAAGUCAUGAGUGAUGUGUAAAGACGAAUGAAACUUCCACUCUAUAUUUUCAACUAAAAUGUCAUUACGUGGGUUUGGCAAUAGUUAUCUGGAAUAUGACGAGGAAGAGGAGGAGGAGGAGGAAGACAACUAUGAGCAGAGCACAUCUAGGGAAAGAAGGGAAGAAGGGAAAGAACUACAGAAACUGACCUUAGAUCAGUGCAAAGGGGGCAACUUCAACAGAUGACGCACAAUUGCUAUUCCUAUUUCGACAGCCAGGGGGAGCCACUUUGAGUGGCAGCUGUAUGAAGGACAGAGAUGGCUUAAUAUUGGCAAUGACCAUGUGAUCGAGACCCACUACUGCCAGCCUGGGGCCAAAGGAAUGAACAUCUACCCAUCACACAUGGGGCAGGUCUAUAUAGAUUUUGAUCAGAUUGAGGCUCAAAAUGCUGCCAUGGGUGUACGGCGACUCACGUUCCUACCUCAGGGUCAAAGUGAAGACAUCGGGUGGUACUUCAAACACAAUCUGAUAUGGCGUGAAUACGGUUCUUUGGGUCCAGGUCCGGGCUCGUCCUCAGUCAGUAGUGGUGAUGUGGAACGACAGUACAUCCUCAGACCUCAGGGGACCUUCCACUUCACUGUGGGGAGCACCAGCUACACGUUAGACUUCACAGCUAUGACACAGACCAAUUCAGCCACCCGGGUACAGAGAAAAGUCCGGCGGCGUCCAAAGUUCAACUCCAUCGUCUCAGGGAAUGGCAGCGUAUCCAUUGCCCAAUCAGCCCCCACCGUAAUUGCCUCACCACCUCCCUCUGCUGGCUACACCUGGGAAUUCAUGGGCGAGGAGGGAGUGUGGAUAGAAUACCAGACUCCAAGUUGCUCACUGGACAGUGCUGGGAUUGAGAGACACUACCAGAAGAACCCUAAGGGACAGAUACGCUUCAAAGCUGGGAGAUAUUCCUACACCCUCGACUUCUCAGGCAUGUGUCAGACCAACGUUCGCGUCGGGACCAAAAGAAUUGUGAGGAGAACUCAAUGUGAAGCUCAACAAACAAGCAGUGGAGGUAUGGGUUUACAGUCCCGUUGGCAGUUUCAAGACGUGGACGGAAGCUGGAAAGACUUUGCCAAAAGAAGCGGCACCUGCAGUGUAUCUAGCCAGGACAUUGAAGCCCAGUACCAGCAGAACCCAAAUGGAACUAUGAACUUCACUACCAGGGGAUUCAGCUAUCAACUGGACUUCUCCGCCCUGACCCAAAAAAACCUGUCCACUCAGACCACCCGAUCGGUUCGACGCCUGAACUAAUCACUGCCCACGACGACACUGUCCUCUGUCAGGGGCGAAGUGCAAUACCCUGGCAGUGGAGGCUGGUGGGAGGAGCUAUAGGAGGACAGGCUCAAUGUAAUGGCUGGAAUGGAAUAAAUGGAACGGUAUCAAACACAUGGAAACGUUUCACUCCGUUUCCUUUAUUCCAUUCCAGCCAUUGUACCCUGGGUGCAUCUCAAUUGUCUAGUGGCUUCCUCUCAACUCCAUUUCUUCGUGUGCACAGUGAAGACGAAGUCACUGUCCGGUAUUGAGAUGGAACCCCUUCCAUUCCACUUCCUCCUAAAAAUUACUUGUUUACGUAUGUAUUCAUGGGUUCCUGUUAUUUCUUCAACAUAGUGCAUAUACUUAAAAACCAAUAAUAUUAUUAGAAAAGUAGCUUCUGACUAUCUGCACAAUACUUUUUAAAAAAUGUGAUCUGUAAAAAGAACCCUUUCACUGCCAAUGGUACAAAAGGAACAAGCCUUUUGAGCAUGUUCUAGCAUGUACAUUUUCAUUGUCUUUAGUUUGAAUAAAGGUGAUUUUCAAGUA